AUGACAACUGAUACGCUUGCUCAGUUUUCCUAUUUCCAAUGGAAGGACAUUUACCAAAAGGAAAAGCCUUAUUAUCUAUACAUUGACCCUCCUGAAAAUGUCCCCGUCGCAAAUUUCUCUACAGCUGCUGGGCCAAAUGAGGUUGUGCACAACUUGCGGGGUAUUGAGGAUCGAUUCAACCUUGAUGAUAACGGCUUCGCGGUCAAGCACCAAGACUUCUGUCUGAAGACCAUUGAUGAAGAGGCCAUCAAUAACUCUUAUCUCCCGUCUUUAGAAACCUUACUGCGAGAGCUUCUAGGACUGGACGCUGAGAUCUUCUGGUUUGACUGGAGGACUCGAUCAAGUGACAGAUCAAAAACAACCUUCCCGCCUGGGACCAAGAUUAACCUAGAUGACCGAACGAUCAAUCUGGCACCUGUGACAGCUGUACACGUCGAUCAGACAAAAAUCGCAGCUAUCAACCGGGUGCAUCGACACUUGGGUGAUAGAGCAGAAGAGCUUCUCAAGGGGCGAGUGAGGAUAAUCAAUAUAUGGAGACCCUACGAUGCCUCCGUAGAGUCCUAUCCCAUCGCAGUCUUGGAUGGUAGCACUGUCCCUCCAGAGAAGCUGGUAGAUGUAGAUGUAGUGCGUCAGUCAUAUAUCGGAGAAAGCUACUACCCACUUCAACAUGAUGGCUACAAGUGGUAUUUCAUCAACAAACAGACCAAGGAAGACGUUCUGUUAUUCAAGAUGUAUGACUCGAGCGAAACAGCGAAGGCAAAAUGUUGUCCCCAUGCUUCUUUCAAUCAGCGUACUGCCGAGGAACCCAAGCCAAGGAAGAGCAUCGAGGCGCGGGCGUUAGUAUUCACCGCCACUUGA